AUGGUUGCGAAAGCAACGAAGACGCCGCGGCCUAACUGUCAAAAAGCCGCUGCGACCUCCGCCUCCACAUCUUGGACGCAGACGAUGUGGUCGCAGGCUCGUUUGGUGGUGAGCGAAGGCGUGCAGGCGGCACUCCAAGCAGGACGUGCCGUGGUAGCGUUGGAGUCUACGAUCAUUACGCAUGGACUGCCACGCCCCAUCAAUUUCGAUACAGCCGUCGCUGUAGAGGACCAAGUUCGUGCAGCAGGCGCAGAGCCUGCCACGAUUGCCGUUCUGGAUGGCCAAGCGCAUAUUGGUUUGUCCCGAUCGCAAUUGGAGCGUGUGGCUGAUAGCCCGCCAGAGCGCACGGUCAAAGCAAGUCGCGGAGGUCUGGCGCAUAUUAUGGCCAAAGGCCGUGGAUGGAUCGGUGGAACUACGGUGAGUGGGACUAUGGCCCUGGCCCAUCGCGCGGGGGUUCGCAUCUUUGCCACAGGUGGCAUUGGUGGUGUGCACCGUGGUGCUGAGCAUUCCAUGGACAUUUCCGCUGAUUUGACCGAGCUGGGACGUACGCCGGUGGCUGUAUUUUGCUCCGGAGCCAAGUCCAUUUUGGACAUCCCUCGGACCUUGGAGUACCUUGAGACGCAAGGUGUACCUGUGCUCACCUUCCAUCCACAAGGCCAAUUUCCAUGCUUCUAUACCGCCAAGUCAGGGUGUCACGUCCCCAUCGUUUCGUCCACGGAAGAGGCGGCGCGUACGAUCGAACUCAAUACCACGCUGGGGCUCGAAAAUGGUCUGGUGUUUGGUGUGCCGAUACCCAGUGAAUUUGAACAGGAUGGCGUGAUAAUCCAGCGCGCUGUUGAACAAGCAGUGCAGGAGAGCGUGGAGCAAGGCAUCGAUCGUCUGGGCAAGCAGGUCACACCGUGGCUGCUGAAACGGGUGAGUCAGUUGGCGCAUACCUCUGUGAGAAGCAAUGUGGGUUUGGUCCUGAACAAUGCACGUGUCGCCUCGGAGUGUGCUGUGGAACUGGCCGGACCUAGCCCCUCGAGGGUGGCACAGGUGUACACGCCGAAACCCAAGGUGGUCGUGGUGGGAUGUGCCGCCAUGGAUGUGACGGCGCAGCAGAGUACAAGUGCCCCGGGCUCAACGGCACCUGGCAACGUGGUCCUGUCGACAGGGGGCGUUGCCCACAAUAUCGCGCUGGCAGCGCACGCGACGUUGCAGGAAAAGAAGGCCGUCGCCUUGGUCGCGCCGUGUGCUGACGAUGCGAUAGGUGCUCUACUACGCUCUCAGAUGGACGACAAGGCAAUGCGUACAGAUGGAUUGGUAUCUUCCUCGAAGAGUGCGGUUUGCAACCUUGUGUUGGACCAGGAAGGCGAUCUCCUAACGGGCGUAGCGGAUAUGGCAUGCGUAGAAGACACACUGACGCCAGACAUUGUUCAGCAAAAACUCAGCGAGCUCCGGCCUUCUGUGGUCGGUAUGGAUGCGAAUCUCACUCCGGAUACCAUCGCGGCGAUCGUUCGACAAUGUGCGUCAGACGGUGUGCCUGUGCUCUAUGAGCCUACCUCGGUGGUCAAAUGUGGCCGUGGGAUGGACGCCCUGGCUUUGCUUCCUCGGCUUCAUCCGCUCGAUAUGAUCACGCCAAACCAGUUCGAAGUACGCCAUAUGGCAGCUCGUCUGCAAGACGUCCUCCCUAUCCACCAUGCUAUUUCGUCUUUGCAGCUCGAACAAAUGUCACGGAAACUGCAGCUGCCUCAAUCCUUGAUCUAUGAUGCAUUGACACUUUCGAAAGUAACACAUACGCAGUUCAUCAAACUUGGAGAGCUAGGCGUGCUCCUUGUCUCGCAUGCAGAGGCACGGACAUCGUUGCCGAACAUGAUACAUGUCCAUGCUCGACGGCUGGAUCCUCGCAAGGUCAUCAAUACAACGGGGGCCGGUGACACCUUUGCCGGCGCCGUUCUGGCUCGUGCAAGCACUCUUUCUCAACCUAUCACUUCAUGGACGAUGCAAACUAUGCUGGACCUCGUGGAGAAGGGCCAGCACGCCGCCCAGCAUACGCUCUACAGCUCCCAUGCAGUAGCUCCACAUCUGCCGUCCUGGCAUACGUAG